GCUUGUAUAGAUGAGAACCUGGACAUGGUGAAGUUCCUUGUAGAAAACGGAGCCAAUGUGAACCAGCAAGAUAACGAGGGCUGGACCCCUCUUCAUGCAGUGGCAUCGUGUGGCUACCUGAACAUAGCAGAGUACUUAAUUAGUCAUGGAGCCAAUGUGGCUGCUGUGAACAGCGAAGGUGAAGUCCCGUCUGACAUCGCCGAGGAAGCAGCCAUGAAGGACCUGCUUCUGGAACAAGUAAAGAAACAAGGUGUAGACCUAGACCUGGCAAGAAAAGAAGAGGAGCAGCAAAUGCUACAGGAUGCCCGACAGUGGCUGAACAGUGGGAGAAUUGAAGAUAUCAAGCAGCCUCGAACAGGUGCCACGGCUCUUCAUGUUGCUGCAGCAAAGGGCUAUUCUGAAGUCAUGAGGUAG